GGCCGGCGGACGGGAUCGCAGGUAGGCUGCAGUUUUCCAGAGGUGACCUUCGGAGGCCCAAUCAUAGAGAGUUCAACACGUCUCCACCCCUCCGGCCCGGGGAACGAAGAGAAGGAAUUUCCCACCCACCCAUCCGCAGACGCUGAUCGGCCCGCCGAUUUCCUGUACCGAGUCGUCCGGGAAGAAGAGAAGGGAGAACGUCCUUGGGCAUUGGGUUCUGGACCGAGGGAGGGAGGGGGAAAUCCCCUGAGGCCAUGACGGACUCUGUUAUGUCGCCCGAGAUGGGAGGGAGCAGCAGGGAGCCGCUCACCUGCCCUGUCUGUGGAAAGCGCUUCCGCCGAGCGGCCAACCUGCUCACCCAUGGUAGGGUCCAUACCGGCGAGCGGCCCUACCCGUGCCAUGAGUGCGGAAAGCGCUUUGCCCAGUCUUCCCACCUUCUGCGGCACCGGCGCGUCCAUACCGGAGAGCGCCUCUUCGCUUGUCCGCUGUGCGGUCGCCGCUUUGCGCAGUCCUCGCACCUGCGGCGACACCGGCGCACCCACUCGCCCAGCGCACUGCGCCCGUGCCCUGACUGCGGGGGCUGCUUCGGGGGCUCGGCCGAACUACUGGCCCACCGGCGGCGCGUCCACGCUGGCGAGCGGCCCUUCCGCUGCCUGGUGUGCGGGCAGCGCUUCCCCCGUUCCUAUGACCUGUUGGCCCACCGCCGGGUCCACACCGGCGAGCGGCCCUUCCCCUGCACAGAAUGCGGCAAGGCCUUCGCACAAUCCUCCUACCUCGCCACCCACCGGAGGGUCCACACCGGGGAACGGCCCUACGCCUGCCCUGAAUGCGGCCGCCGUUUCGCCAACUCCUCCAACCUGGCCUCGCACCGGCGGACCCACCGGGAAGGGGAGCGGCUCCUGAGGGGUGUAUCUCCCGCUCCCCCUGCCCGGAGUCAGGAGCCCGGAGGCGCCGGGAGUCCCUUCUCCUGCUCCGAGUGUGGCGCGAUCUUCGCCCGGCUGCCCGAUCUGUCCCAGCACCGACACGCUCACCACUGAGCCUCCUCUCCUCCUCUUCCCCCACACCCUCGGAACCCCUGUGAUCGGGCGGGGCGUCGGCCGCUCCAUUGUGUUUGCGGGCGUGGAACGACCCGGGGCUCACCUCAAGGCGCCGAAGCCGGGGAAGUCUUUGGCAAACGUGUCGGCCGUAGUUCUGAGUAACGCCCUAUUCACUGUCGAACGGGCUGUUCCUGCAGAACGUUCUGCAGCGGGACAGCCGGCUGACGCCUCGGGAGGUGCGCAAGCCACUACUCUGGCAAGUCCGCAGUCGGAGAGCGGUCGUUUCGCCGCUGCUCCCCGACCUGGCAGCGCUGUGUUUGGAGUAUGCACGCCCUCGCCGCGACCACUGCUAAUUCCUUCCUAACCCUGACGUCCUAACGGCGUGCGGAGCCGGUGAAAUAGCACCGGACGGCGGUUUAUCUCGGCAACCCUCUGCCCCCCUCGCUGGAGAUUAUUUCCGGAGGCGACGGAGGUCGAAUGACUGAGGACAGCGGGAGCUGAGACCGGAGCAAGGGUCCCACGAGCCGAAGCGUCGGCUGACCGUCUCUCGACUCCGCGGAUGGUGCCCUGGCCCGCGUCGGUUUCUCCUGAGUACCACGGUGCAGCCGCCCGCUCUCCUCCACCUCGCCUGGAAACUUUUCUCCCUCUCGGAGACAUGGCAUCCCGUAUCCCCAUUGGAUCCCCGGCUGGGGACACGAAGCGCGUACGAUGUGUUUGGGAUCAGGUGUCGGGUUGGAUUUAUCCCGGGAACGAGAAGACUUUGGGACGCAGCGGUGAACAAGAGCGUGGACACCGCCGGCCGGCGGAAUGUAAGGUCUCUGAACGGUCCGUACUUGUUGUCGUCUGUAAGUUAUCCCCAGGGGUGGGGGGCAAUA